CAUUUGCGAACCCAGUGUCUCCAAGAUGGCGGCGUGGGGAAGGAGGCGCGCUGGCCCCGGCAGCACCAACAGCGGCGGCAGCGGCAGCCGGGAGAGGAUUCUUGUCCCAAGACGCAUUCCUUUCAACUGAGUAUGCUAAUCCAGCUUUCCUCAUAAAUGAGCUGCUUCAAGGUGUUUUUGGAGUGGUCAGCCAGCUAGUCUAAAAAGACGUCAGUGUGUUGGGAGGUGGUGUCAGAAGAAUAAAAUACUGUCUGCUACAAGGAGGCUUGACCAGCUUUCACUUGAAAGUGAAUAAAUUUGUUUUAAAAAGUCCAGCGACUGUCUGUGGAAAUUUGUAUCCCUUCCUCAAUGACUUCAUUGAUACAAAGAAGUCUGUAAUUGGUCAAAAAAAAGUGCUUUCCUCAAUAGGUCUAAAUGGUCACCUUGUCCUCCACAGACUGUUACAUCGUGCACGAGAUCUACAAUGGAGAGAACGCUCAGGACCAGUUUGAGUAUGAGCUGGAGCAGGCCCUGGAAGCGCAGUACAAAUACAUAGUGAUAGAGCCCACUCGCAUCGGGGAUGAGACGGCCCGCUGGAUCACCGUUGGGAACUGCCUGCACAAGACGGCCGUGUUAGCGGGCACCACCUGCCUCUUCACCCCUUUGGCACUUCCAGUAGAUUAUUCUCACUACAUCUCCCUGCCUGCUGGUGUGCUGAGCAUGGCUUGCUGCACCCUUUAUGGUAUCUCUUGGCAAUUCGAUCCUUGUUGCAAGUACCAAGUAGAGUAUGAUGCCUAUAAACUUUCCCGCCUGCCCUUGCAUACGCUCACCUCCUCCACCCCGGUGGUGCUGGUGAGGAAGGACGACCUGCACAGAAAGAGACUGCACAACACGAUAGCACUCGCUGCCCUGGUGUACUGUGUAAAGAAGAUCUAUGAACUCUACGCUGUAUGACUUCAGCAGGGAAGAGAGAAAUCGACAGAGACAAGUGUAUUAAGACUCCCACAGUAACGUUUUGUUUUUCCUCUUUGAGAAGCAGUGGAGACUGGCAAGGAGUUGGUUUAAUAGAGCUGUUAUUUUUAAAAUAACACAUCACCGGUGCACCAAGGUUUUUCAGUUCUUCGUUACACUUAAGAUUUGGAUGUGUGGUGACUUGAGAGCUGUAUGUUAGGCCAUGGGGAGUCCAGUCCAGCAGCAGAGUGUCAAUGAAAGAAAGAUAAAGAGGGAGGGGAGGGUGAGAGCUUCUUUUUUUUUUUUUUGAAACAUUUAAGUAUAUUGUUUAAUUGUAUUACACAGAACCAGCCAGACGUUAUCAUUGACCAUUAAAGGAUGAGAAUUUCAAAUGA